AUUUUUUAUUUUCUUGCGAUAGAAACGAAAACACGUACAUUGACAUUGACAACAACCGCAGCAAAUUUCUUCUUUUCUCUGCUUCUGCUUCUUCUACUUACUUUUCACUACUUCGUUGUUAUGUUGUCAAAUCUGAAGAUUUAUUCUCUCUUUUGUUUUAGUUACUUCGACUUCCAGUACUCAAACUUGAACUACUUUUACAGUUGAGUGAAAACAAGAUACGGAAAGAGACUUUCAAGUAUUGAAACUUGGAUUUCUGCUCAAGAGAAAGUGGGCUGUGAAAUCUUGCCACUACACUGCCAUUAUUGUAUAGUGUGUAGUAUUCUGGGCUGUCUCCUCGAGAUAGAUGGGUUCUAGAUUCCCAUCUCAUCAGCUCAGCAAUGGCCUUUAUGUAUCGGGCCGGCCUGAGCAGCCAAAAGAAAGGACACCAACUAUGAGUUCAGUAGCCAUGCCUUAUACAGGUGGGGAUAUCAAGAAAUCUGGAGAACUAGGGAAAAUGUUUGAUAUCCCUGUUGAUGGUUCCAAGUCUAGAAAAUCUGGACCUAUAAAUAGUGCUCCUUCAAGGAGUGGAUCUUUUGGAGGUGCUGCUUCGCAUUCAGGUCCGAUCAUGCCUAACGCAUCUGCCCGAGCUGGUUUCACAUCCGGUUCUGUAUCUUCUGGAGGGAUGUCUGCUUCUGCUUCAUUAAAGAAGUCGAACUCUGGACCACUUAAUAAACAUGGGGAGCCUAUAAAAAAAUCUUCAGGCCCUCAAUCAGGUGGAGUAACACCAAGUGGGCGCCAAAACUCUGGCCCGCUUCCUCCUGUUCUCCCUGCAACUGGUCUUAUUACGUCUGGACCCAUCUCUUCAGGUCCACUAAGUUCAUCUGGGGCUCCUAAGAAAGUAUCUGGCCCUUUGGAUUCUAUGGGACCAAUUAAAAUACCAAGCUCUGUUGCUCAUAACCAGGCUGUGACUGUUCUUAGCCAAGAGGAGGACUUUUCCUUCAAAAGGAAUUUCCCAAAGCCAAUAUUGUGGUCAUUGAUUCUACUAUUUGUGAUGGGCUUUAUUGCUGGUGGUUUUAUUCUUGGUGCAGUACAUAAUGCCAUUCUUCUCAUUGUUGUCGUGGUUCUUUUUGGUGCUGUUGGUGCUUUAUUUGGUUGGAAUUCUUGGUGGGGAAGAAAAGCUAUUAUCAGUUAUAUUGCUCGUUAUCCAGAUGCUGAACUUAGAAAUGCCAAGAAUGGCCAAUUUGUGAAGAUCUCUGGGGUGGUCACCUGUGGUAAUGUGCCUCUUGAGUCAUCCUUCCAAAAAGUUCCUAGAUGCAUAUAUACGUCCACAAGUUUGUAUGAGUAUCGAGGAUGGGACUCAAAAGCUGCCAACCCUACACAUCGUCGUUUUACUUGGGGGCUCAGGUCAUUAGAAAGGCGUGCAGUUGACUUCUACAUCUCUGAUUUCCAGUCUGGGUUAAGAGCAUUGGUUAAAACUGGGUAUGGAGCAAAGGUCACACCUUAUGUUGACAACUCUCUUGUCAUAGAUGUUAAUCCAGCUAAAGAAGAGUUGUCUCCUGAGUUCAUUAGGUGGUUGGCAGAGAGGAACCUUUCAAGUGAUGAUCGUGUAAUGCGAUUGAAAGAAGGGUAUAUCAAAGAAGGUAGCACUGCCAGUGUAAUGGGAGUUGUUCAGAGGAAUGACAAUGUGCUCAUGAUUGUCCCUCCACCUGACCCCAUCACAACAGGAUGCCAAUGGGCAAAAUGUAUUGUUCCAGCUAACCUUGAUGGUAUCGUAUUGAGAUGUGAAGACGCGUCAAAGAAUGAUGUCAUACCAGUUUAGUUCUAUGUCUAUGUGCAUUGUAAGCCUUUCUCUUUAAGGAAUAUUCUUUUCUUCUUUCUUUUUGUCUGUUAAUAUUUGAUGCUGCGGAUGGUAAAAUGGUAGUAUUCAGGAGUGAUGGUUGAUUGUGAUGCUUGAAUAUGCAGUUGGUUGCAGUGCUUAACUCAAUGUAUAGCUCUUCAGGGUUUCUUCCCCUUUAUUUUUUCUUUUGUGAGGAGGGUUGGUUCAGCAGUAGGGAAAUGUAUGUGUGAGCAGAUUGCGGUUAUGUUAUAAAAACAAAAAAAAAAAAAAAAAAAAAAAAAAAAAAGAGUUACCAAGUAUAUUGUCUUCACAUGCAAUCUCUAUAGUGUGUCUACCUUUCUCUGGCUGAAAUUUGUAAGUACAGCUUGUUGAUGCAUUAUAUAAUUUAUAUUGAACUGACUUAUAUUUAGGCAUGAAA